UCUUUUAUUAUCCGGGCAAUUUGGCGGGGUGUUCGUCUCGAAGAUCAACAAAAGCAGCUCAGCAAGAAAUCAGUUAAUCAAUAUGUCAAAUUUCAAGAAAACUACCCUUGCUGGAGGUGGCCGCAAAAAGACGGGCCCAAAAUGCGAACUCACAGAAGAACAAAAGCAGGAAAUACGAGAAGCGUUUGAUCUCUUUGAUGCUGAUGGUUCUGGAACAAUUGAUGCCAAAGAAUUAAAGGUUGCAAUGAGAGCUUUGGGAUUUGAGCCCAAGAAAGAAGAAAUCAAAAAGAUGAUUGCAGAGGUGGACAAGGAGGGCACAGGAACAAUUGACUUCAAUGACUUCCUCACAAUCAUGACACAAAAAAUGAGUGAGAAGGAUGUAAAAGAAGAAAUUCUGAAAGCCUUCCGCCUGUUUGAUGAUGAUGAAACAGGCAAAAUCUCCUUUCGCAAUCUAAAACGAGUUGCCAAAGAGCUAGGGGAGAAUCUGACAGAUGAAGAACUUCAGGAGAUGAUUGAUGAGGCAGACCGUGAUGGGGAUGGUGAGAUAAACCAAGAAGAAUUCCUUCGAAUCAUGAAAAAGACAAGCUUAUAUUGAAAUAGCUUGCCUUCCAUUUCCUAACUCAAACUUCUUUAUUAGAAGUCAUUCCCCCUGUGCAUAAGACUUUUAUUACCAAUUUCAGGUUUGAAAUCAAUGAAAAAUGUUCAGAGUCUUGGUCUCAGAUAAGAUCAGUUGCUUCCAUUUCUAAUUACAAAGUCAUAAAUGUUCUUUUGGCUUGGAGAUCAGAAUAUAGAAUAUGGUGUAAGAAUUUAGUUUAAUUUUUAAAGUGAUAGCCAUAACAAAACGAAAGGGUAAUGCUCAUCAGCAUGUCAGUGAUUUACAGGAAAAUUUAAGUUACUGAUUGGAAUUAGCAUUGUAAAUAGUAUUUGUACCAUAAAAUGUGUAUGCAUGAGUGUGCGAAUGGCUGUCUAAAAAUUCAUUUAUGCACAGUUUUCCAGAACGUUGCUUUAAAAAAAAUCCAAGAAAAUUAUAGUGUUUAAAAAAGACAAAAUAUACUAUUUUUAAGUGGCUACAAUUUCAGGCCUAGAGAACUUGAAAGAAAUGUUCUAGGCAUUAGAAGUAAGCAUGUUACUGUCAUUACAUGGCACAGUGAUAUUUUUCUUUAUUCAUUGUAAGAUAAGUUCUUCAUCGUGUUUGGCUUUAUUUGUCGGAUCCCCUGCACAAUAUAUUUUUUUGUGAAACAUGAUACACCUACAUUAUCUCCCUCUCUAAUUUGCUGAAAGUGAAAUUUGCUUUAUUCUGAACAUUCCAAAGAUAUUUUAAAAACUACUUGGCGUUAUCUUUUCAUCAGUAACUAUUUGUUUAACCCCACCAAUCCUAAAACUGCUUCCACUGCUCUUCUCCCUUUCUCCCUUGCAUAAUUCUUUCUAGGUACAAUGUAUAAAUGAAUUGCAAGAAUUGAAACUGCCUGCAUGUAUAUUAUUAAACCAGUUUGUUUCCUUUAUAUUAUGAAAUAAAAUAUUCAGCAUUG